AUAUUUCAGGGUAAAACAUGCCCGCUCCUGCUCCACCAGCGGUAAAUGGCGAGCCCAGCGAGUUGGAACAACUCCAACUCAAGGCCAACCAAGUUACAGAUGAGUCUUUGGAGAGCACUAGGCGUAUGCUUAUGCUAUGUGAGGAAAGCAAAGAAGCAGGAAUUCGAACCUUGGUCGCACUGGAUGACCAAGGAGGUGAGAGAAAAAUUUUUCACAUCUCAUUCAACUGUUAUGUAAAUGAAGUUGAACAAAUUACACAUUGACAAAUUCUUUUACUC